AUUUCUUCCCACUGUUAAAAAUAACUCCAGGGCUCGAAGCUGGAACCCAAAAUUCCUGAUUUCGUGGUAUUUACUGGUAUGCUGCUUCAUUUUCCUCAUCUUGUCAAACAGCACCCCCUUGUGGCGCGCUCCGGGUAGUACAUCUUUCAGCACAUGCCCUUCCACUAUCGCGUCAUUAUUGGCUCAAACUACAUUUCCCAGUGCUACUCUGUCCGGGAGGAAGGCAGUCAUGUGGAUCGACCUAGGAGUUGCCAUCCUUGGGGCUGCAAGAAGAAGAAACUCAACGGAAAGAUGCACGAAGAGGAGGAUGGCAGCGGGGAGAGCUCCUGCACAGCUUCACGGCUGCAGUCCGUCAAGUCUCUAGAUGUGGCCGAGGUGGAGGGAGCGAAGGAGCAGGCUUCCAAGCUGUGCGGCUACUUGAACAAACUCUCCGGCAAGGGGCCUCUCAGGGGUUACAAACUGCGGUGGUUUGUGUACGACCCGAGGAAAUGUUACUUGUAUUACUUCAAGACUCCCCAAGAUGCCCUGCCUCUCGGACACAUCGAUAUAGGCGAUGCGUGCUUCAUGUACGACGUGGAGGGAGAAGAGGGCCAGUUCGAGAUCCGCACGGCAGGGAAAGAGUUUCUCUUAAAGGCCCCCAGCAGGCAGGUGAUGCAUUACUGGCUCCAGGAGUUGCAGCAGAAGCGUUGGGAGUACAACAGCACCCGAGGCACCGUGAAAAGAGACAGCUGGAGUUCUCCCACGCUGGCCUACCCUCCCGCCGGCCUCGUGGGCAAGGAUAACGAUGUCAUCCUUUCUGAGAAGCUAAGCGAAAGCAUGGAGAAGGUCCGCAGCGACUUUGCCAUGGAUGCAGAAACAGAUGCAGGGGGAAUGGUGGGAAUCCAGUCAGCCAGAGGGCCCUUCUCCCUCAAGAACUUUGGUACAGAGCUCAGGAACUCCAUGUCUAAUCUGCGGCCAGGCCGAGCUGAGAAUAGACGGAGCGUGUUUUACACCACCAACAACAACAGCACCUCAGAGGAGUGGGAGAUGGUGGAUGCCCCCCCCAAGGACUUCCCAGAGCAGAAACAUCAUCUAGACACACACAGACAUUCCUUCGGGUCGGCGUUCAGCUUUGAUUUUGUGCGGAACCGUCAGCGACCCCAGAGGCUCUUGUUCCGGGACGUGCGGGGACCGGCCAAGGUCGGACGCGGCAUGGAGAGACUGGGCUCUGAGAGUCCUACGGGGGAGUGCAACGGCAGCAAACCUCUGGACAUGCAGCUGCGUCUCCAGAACCAGCAGGAUGAGCUGAACCAGAUGCAGCAGGAGCAAAUCAAACUCCGGGAGGAGCUGGCCAGCCAGAAGGAGCUGGUGAGACUUCUGCAGCAGACUCUUAGAAGCUCCCAGUGCGAGAGGCCCACCGUGUGCCGAGCAGCUGCAGAUCCAUCUGCAACCCCGGACCAAUCUCCGAGUCCAGUGGUGACCCAGGAAGAUGUCGCCCAGCUGGAGGCGCAGCUUCAGGAGCGAGACGGACAGAUCCAGGCGCUGUGUGGACACAUGGAGCGUCUCUCACUGGAGAAGGAGAGCCUGCAGCAGGAGCUGAAGGGCCUGAAAGCCAAGGUGGGGGAAAUUAAUGAUCAGCUAGGGAUGCUGGUGGAGACCAUCCAGGCUAAAGAUCAAGUCAUUGUGAAGCUGUCGCAGGAGAACUCUGAGCAAAGUGGGAAUCUGAUUGACACUGCUUCUCCACCGCCUCAGCAGGAGCUGAACAUCCUUAAGGACAGUCUUCAAGGCUACAAAUCCCAGAACAAGUUCCUGAACAAAGAGAUCCUGGAGUUGACAGUCCUGCGCAGGAACUCAGAGACUCGGGAAAAGGCUUUAGAAACAAAGUGCACGGCUCUGGAGGCCAAACUUUGUCAGGUGGAGAGUAAAUAUUUAGUGCUGCUUCAGGAGGUGAGAACUCCAGUCUGUUCGUCGGAGCAGAACCCGGCCCGGGAGGUCAUUUCCAGAUUACUGGAGGACGCCCUGCAGGCGGAGAGCCCGGACCAGAAUGAACACCAAAUCUUCAAACCAAAUACAGUCAGCGAGUAUGACGUGUAUGGCUUCAAGACAGUCCCAGAGGAGGAGGAAGAGGAGGAGAGGCUGGUUGCUAAGGUAAGGGCCUUGGAGCUGAAGUCACUGUCCAUGACUGACCAGGAGGUAUCUGUCGGGGUAAAGUGGGAGAACUUUCUGACCAGCACCAUGAAUAGAGAUCUAGUGCGUUCCCCCGAGCUCAAGACCCUGAUCCGCUGCGGUGUGCCCCACGAGCACCGCUCCAACGUGUGGCGCUGGUGCGUCACCUUCCACGUCAAGAAGUUCCGGGACCACUUGGCUCCGGACUAUUACGAGACACUGCUGAAUGUGGCGCGGGAUCGGCCCAACCCGGCGUCGAAGCAGAUUGAGCUGGACCUGCUGCGUACGUUGCCCAACAACAAGCACUACGCCUCCCCAAGCGCUAGCGGCAUCCACAAACUCAGGAACGUCCUGGUGGCCUUCUCCUGGAGGAAUCCAGACAUUGGCUACUGUCAGGGUCUGAACAGGCUCGCAGCAAUCGCCCUGCUGUAUUUAGACCAAGAAGAUGCCUUUUGGACUCUCGUAGCCAUUGUAGAGGUCUUCAUGCCAAGAGACUAUUACACAAAAACUCUGCUUGGCUCUCAGGUCGACCAGCGUGUGUUCAAAGACCUGAUGAGUGAGAAGCUACCCCGCCUUCACGCCCACUUUGAGCAUCACAAGGUGGAUUUCUCCCUCAUUACCUUCAACUGGUUCCUGGUGUUGUUUGUGGACAGCGUGGUCAGCGACAUCCUGUUUAAGAUCUGGGACGCUUUUCUGUUCGAAGGGCCAAAGAUCAUAUUUCGAUUUGCUCUCGCUCUCUUUAAGUACAAAGAAGAGGAGUUUUUGAAGCUGCAGGACUCCACGACCAUCUUCAAAUACCUUCGAUACUUCACGCGCACAAUCCUGGACUCAAGGAGGCUGAUGAACAUUGCUUUUGUGGAAAUGAACCCGUUCCCCAUGAGGCAAAUCCAGAACCGCCGUUCUUUCCACCUGGAAAAGGUUCGCCUGGAGCUGACGGAGCUGGAGGCAAUCAGACAGACGUUCCUGAAGGAGAGAGAGACGAGUCUGGAUCGACGGAGCUUCGCCAGCGACGAUGAGGAGGAUAACUGAGCUUUUUAUUUCCAGGGUCGCUUGGAGAAUGAAGACAAAUGAAACUUUUCCACAGUGCGGCGCCACUUUACUGCUGCUGAACGGCUUUAUUUUUUCAGUUUAGGCACCUGAGCUGGUCUCUGCAUCAAGGAUGGAAUAGUGAACUGGGUAAAGUUGCAUCAAAAGACCAAACUAUCAGUAUUCCUGCCUAUUUUCUUUUCAGUUUAUAAAGUGUUUUUUUGCUGUUUAUUUUCAUGUUCUCUUUAUUGCCAACACAUGCAGUCCAAAACAGUAUUUUAAAACAUUUUUAUAUCAAAAUUUUCCUUCUGUUGUUUGAUUGAUGUCUUAAUUUUUUAAUGAAAUAUAAUUUCUUAUAUUUUUAUUUUCUGAUGCACUUGAAAUAUUCAUGCUGUAAUACAAUAUUUUGCUGUUACUUUCCAUUGUUUCCAAAUUAACCUUCAGACUUGGUUAAAGUCUAAAAAGAUGAAAUGAAAGGACGUGCCAAAACAUUCUCAUCUUUUGCAUAAACAGCAGGUAGAAUUCAUAUGUUCAAUGUUUAUUUUCUGGUGUUUCAAAAAUCAAACCAUCAUUUCAAGUCUGAAACUCAAUAUUCUCCCAUUAAUCAGUCCAGUUUUAUUUGUCAUCUUUGUCAUUUUUUUUCUGCUUCAUAUUUUUAUCCUGUAAUUAUUUUAAGAAGCCCAAAGUCACUUAUACAACAUAAAAAGCUAAUUGUUUUGCAUUUGCUUCUAUGCUUAAAAAAUUAUCAUGAGGCAAAAGUCAGAUAUCUUUGUAAACUUUGACAAUUCAUUGGAUCCCUCACCUCUUCAUUCUCUUGUGAAAUAUCCUUAUCUUGCAGAACCUUUUCUAUUUUACUUUUUUUUUUUUUCCAGAUCAGAUUCCCUGAAUUAUUUCUGGUUUCCAGGAUGCAGUUUUCUUCUGUUCAUUGCUGCAUUGUUUUUUCUCUGAGCCCAACCUGGGGGGAAAAAGGCUGUUGCAUUUGCAUUAAUUGUCCACAGAGUGGCAGCGUAACGUUUGUUGAAUCUUCACUUAAUUUCACUGGUACUCUGCAAAAAGUGUUAUUAAUUUCAAAAGGUUAUAAAGUCUGUAAUGGCUGAAAACUAGGUUUUGAUUUGUAAUGAAUGAGGGAAGCAUUUUUUUUUUUACAGGAAAAUCUCCCCAUGUUGAUCCACAUUCAGGUACCCUUAGAUUACUGAAUACUUUAGAUGCUGAUCGUUGUAGUAACUUGAUACCCCAAUCGCUUGUUUAGAAAUAAGAAGCUGUGUGGCUAAUGAACUGUGAAAGUCUGUAUAAUUGGAAAUCAACAUGAGGAGGUUUUAGUUUUGUUUGAUGAAGCAUCCUUUACAGCUUUCUUAUUCUUUUCAUUCACUUGAACCAGUUUACAAAGAUCAGCCACCGUUUUCUGCUGCAGUAUCAGGACCUUACCUGCUAGAUGUUUUCAAAUCAAAUGUAAAACAUUGAAACAGGUCUGAAUAAGUUUUUUUGCUUUAAUGAAAUUAUGAGAGCUGGUCUCCCAUGAGAUCAACAUUUCCCACUUAAUUUUUAAAUAAUAAAAAAUAUAUAGUUACUGAUGAAAGAAAAGGUUUACUCUUUACAAGACAUUUCCUCUGUUGCAAGUUUAAAUAAGCUACAUUGAAAAUCCUCUCUCUCUGCUUCUGUUUUUCCCCUCUAAUGCUGUCAGUGUAUUGCACAAAUAUAUUAAAAGAAUUCAGUACAUUACAGGGCACUUCAACUUUUUUUAUGUAAAGCUGUCUUGAUUUGUCUGAAGACGGAAAUUGUUAAUAAAAUGUAUGCAGUUCUUUGCUUUCGUAAAACCAGUCAAUGCCAAUUCAAUAAAAAAUUCUGACUUGA